AUGGCUGCUGCUGUGUCGGACUGGACCAGGGUCUUCUUCACGCUGCUUCCAAACAUCUUGAUGGUCUGGGGGAAGGUGAGCAGGGACCUCCCUCCUGAAUGCAGACAGUUCUUUUACCUGGAAGUACCUCCACGGGGCCUGGAGGAGCCGUCCCUGUGCUUCAUCUGUCAGUACUACAACAAGAGAGCCCGCUUUGUUACGCUGUACCACACGGCUCUGCACACGCCCGUCUACUCGGCCUACAUCUUCAAGCGCUCAGCAGGAGACGUGUGUGCAGACGUGCCCUGGAUGUAUGAGCCUCAGCUGUUCAUAUCUGGUGCAACAAAUGAAAUGCAGCCUGUUCUCCAGGUGGACCAGGGGACCCAGCCGUACGAGCAGGCCGGCCUUAAUGACUACAUGAACGCGGUGUUAUAUGAGCGAGCCCCUCUGAACCCCGAUGUGCACCAGGAGGACCCAGACGACAAAGCGUCCACCUACACCCUGACCAACACAGUCCCUCUGAUGCCAGAGUUUAUAGACUCGGUGUGGAGCGAGCAGGAGCAGGCCAUCCGCACCCGCCUCAACAACUACUGCAGGGGCCGCGCCUACAUAGUGACCGGGGUCAGCACCUAUGGACGGACCAUGCGUGGAGACCACAUGAAGCGUGUGGCUGUGCCCACAUACGUCUGGUCUGCAUACUGCUGUCCUCACUAUGACCACAGCGCCCCCUUCAGUGUCAGAUACAAGUUCCCAGCCUUCGCUCACUACGGCCUCAACGCGCAGGAGAACAAUGAGGUGGUGGAGCUGAGCGUCCAGAAGCUGCAGGACUUUCUGAAGACCAUCAUGUUUGAGCAGAACAUCCAGAUCUUUAUGAAUGACUGUACCCUGCCAGCUGACUCAAAAUUUAUUUUACAUGAAAACAUUUUAAACCCUUAA